GCAGCGGCUCCUCCGCCUUUCCAGGCGCUCCCAUCCCAAAUUUCCCUCCCCCCAUCCCCUCUCCCACCUUUUUCCCCCCCAAAUCUCCCCGGACACUUUUGGGGCGCGACUCCAAAAUCAGCGGGAAUUGAACGAUCCCGCCCGACUUCGUAUCCAGGGAUUUGAACUCCGCUGCUGCCAGAUCCAUCCCGGCCCUGCUGCUCCAGCCGGGAAUUGUGCCAGGAAUGCUGCCGGGAAUUGUGCCAGCAGCGCCCCCCGCUUUCCCCUCGGGAAUUCCGCUCCUCCUCGGGAUGGAGCCGCUUUUCCUCCCGGGGAAGCCGCUCCGCUGCGGCCGCGGGUGAUCCCAAAUCCCGGGUUUUUGGGCAGAGGAGCCGCUCCCAGGAAUUGCAGCCUGAAAGAGCCGGGGGUUCCAAAUCCCUGCGGGAAUUGCAGCCGGGAGGAUCCAGGGGUUCCAAUUCCCCGCAGGAAUCGCAGCCCGGCAUGGCCCGGACCUGCCGCGAGUCCCGUUUUUAUUACUACGGCAUCAAAUUCUCGCUCUCCGCCUACGCCACGCUCUUCUCGCUGCUGGGGCUGCUGCUGCUGGCCGUGGGGAUCUACGCCGAGGCGGAGCGGCGGCGGCACCGCACGCUGGAGGGGAUCUUCCUGGCGCCGGCCGUGCUGCUGCUCCUGCUGGGAGCCGGCGUCUUCCUGGUGUCCUUCGUGGGAAUGGUCGGCAGCCUCCGCGACAACCGCGCCCUGCUGCGCACGUUCUUCUGGGUGCUGCUGCUGAUCUUCCUGACGGAGCUGCUGCUGAUCCUCGUGGAGAUCAUCUUCGAGAGCAAGAUGAACGAGGUUUUCCACUCCAACCUCCAGGAGGGGAUCCGGCACUACUACGACGACCUGGACUUCAAAAACAUCCUGGAUUUUGUGCAGGAAAAGUUUUCCUGCUGCGGAGGGGACGAAUUCCGGGAUUGGGAGGUGAACCGCUACCACCGGUGCAACGGCAGCGGCGCCCUGGCCUGCGGCGUGCCCCACUCCUGCUGCGUGCGAGGGGCUCCCGGAGCGGUGGUGAACACGCUGUGCGGGUACCGCGCCCUGGAAAAGGAGCGCCUGGAGCUGCUGGGCACCAUCCACGUCCGGGGCUGCAUCCACGCCGUGGGGCUCUGGCUCAAGGACAACUUCCAGGCCACCCUGGCCAUCGUCUGCUCCCUGCUGCUGCCUCAGGCGCUGGGGCUGGCGCUGGCCUGGCUGCACUGGCGGCAGCUGAACGAGCUCCGGUGCCGUUGGGAUUCCGUGGAUUCGCGGCGGAUCCCGGCGGAUCCCGGCCAGGCCCCGCUGGAUCUGCGCGGCGCCGGCUGCUGCUGGUGCCUGCCCCGGGAGGGCGGCUACGGGAACGCCGAGGAGGAGGAGGAGGAGGAGGAAGGAGCCGCCUGCCUCCGCAAAGCGUGAGGAGCAACCGGACUUGGACUUGGGGCGGAACGUGGGGAAAAUGGGAUUUUGGUUCUCGGGUCCUGGAUUUUUUUUUUUUUUUUAAUCCCAAAAAUAUGGGGUUUUAUCCCAAAAAUCCCCGGUGGAUCCCUGUGCCGAGGGCCCAGGGGGUUGUCCGUGACCUGGGGAAAGGAAAAAAUGAAAUGAAAAGGAAAAAAAGGAAGAGGAAAAAAUGCAAUUAAAAGGAAAAGGAAAAAAGGAAAAAAGGGAAAGGAAAAAAUGAAAUUAAAAGGAAAAGG